GUUCAUUGACUCAUGUUUCUCCGUCGGAUGUUGCUGCUCUGGCGUGGCGUUCAUUGUGAAAGAAUAUUUUUUGGACAUUUCGGUGUAGAAUCGGACCAAAGACGAGUCGACACUGAACUCAACACUUUUACACACUAUUGAAUCACAGGACUGAUGAGAUCAGCCACGAGGUAACAAACCAGUUCAUGAUACAUACAUGGGAUGCCUGCAGCUCUGGUCUUGGUGUGAGUUUGUGUUGGACUCUAGUGGACCUGCAGGUGAAUCACUGCGUCACAGCUGCUUCCCUCAGACCUGAUCCUGGCGUGACACCAGCCUCUAACAGCAGUGAUUGGAUUAAUCCUGAUGGACCAGAGUUUGUAAUCUUUAAAGCCAACUUUGUCAAAUGCUAACGUCAGGAUCUGGACAUCUGAAUGUAAUCCCAGAGUUUAGGUCAACUGUAAUGUGAUCAAUAAGAGAUCCAUCUACGGAUUAUAGAGGUGGAACUCAGCAGUCGGCCUCCUGAUCAAGAUUCCACUUUACUUUCUGUAAGAAAGAUUCUCAGAUCUGUUGGCAUCUUUUUUAGGUUGUCCAGUUAAAAUGAACAAUUUGAUUUCAGACAUACUGUCAGACUGACAGUCUGCAGUCUGACAGUCUUACAUUCUAUUUUAUACGGUAGCCUAUAGUGUACAUUUAAUUUAAUUUACAAAGCUGACUAAUCUCAUCCUUUUAUCAACAUCAACAAAAUGUAUUAUUCAGAUGGAGCGAGUAUAGUAGUGAUAUGCCACAUCUCAAUCACAACUUUUUUCUUGAUCUUAUUAAUAUUUCUACCACUAAUAAUAAUAAUAUUACUAUUACUACUGCUGCUGCUGCUGCGGGUGGUGGUAGAUUUGUAGAGUUCAGUGUUGAUUCUUCUCUUGGAGCAGCAUCUAGUGGACAUGAGAGGAUCUGCAGCUGAACUCUGCAGAGAAAUGCAAGUGUGUGAAUGUGGAGAGAAGAGUUGGAACAUGGGUGUGAUCUGAGCAAGGGGGGUGGAAGUAGGGGGUGGGGAAGGUGCCAUUGGUCCACCCAUUUGGUCCGAUAACAAAUUAACAAAUGUGCACAAAUUAUAUAAGGAAUCGUGGCCAGAAUUAGUUGUGUAUUAUUACUUAACUUACUGAACUGAAUAUUUUGAACUGUUGGUUGGACUAAACAAUUGAUAAUGAGAAUAAGCUGACCUCAUUUGUUUGCCAGCCACAUUUUCCCUAAAAGACACAAACCUUACAUCGAUUUAGGCCUACAUGAAUAACUAUUUACAUACUGUCAAAACCUCUUGGAAUUAGUUAUGGGAGUCAUGAAUGGAGAAAGAUAGGCUGCAUUAUUUUAUUUUUUUAUCUUUUAGUUUAGUAACAAAAUCUUACUGACCAUAAUUUGAGCUCAGAAAGUUAAAACCUCAGAGUUCAACAACUCCAUCUAAACCUACAGGAUCCUCUGACCUCUCUGUAGACUUCUUGACCCCUCCAGUUCAGCCAAAAACACAGAAACAACAACAAGACCGGGUCCAGGAUGGCCCAGCAGCAAGACCAGAUGCCACAACAAAGGCGUGUGAGGUUAUUCCAUCUUAAGCCUCUUAUAGUGGCUGUAAGUCUGCCUGCAGCCGGCCUGCAGCGCUGCCGUUGGCUCUGAUCGUGAUGAUUUAAUCCCUCAGUGGAAAAGGUUAGAUCUUCUUCGGCUCUCUACAGGUUUGUCUCCCGCCAGCCGUACGCAGUAACGGAGGCCAACAGAAAACUUGGACGGCAUGGAGGAGCUUCUUUUACCGAGCGGCGAGGAGGAGGCGCGCUCCGACCAGGGUUCAUAUGCUCCGGGAGACGCAGGGAGGACGAUGGGGGACCGGGUGAAGACUUUCCUCCAGGGGACGGGGUACCUGAAGAGUAACCUGAGGACUUUCUUAAAGAGGCAUGGGCUGCUGACACUAUCGGUCAUCGCCGUCAUCACCGGCUGCACGCUAGGCUUCAUGCUGAGGGGAACUCAGCUGUCCACACAGGCAAAGAUCUACUUCUCUUUUCCUGGAGAGCUGCUGAUGAGGAUGCUGAAGAUGCUCAUCCUUCCUCUCAUCACAUCUAGUUUGAUGUCUGGUCUAUCGUCGAUGGAGUCGAAGGCGUGCUGUCGGAUGGGUGUCCUGACCGUCACCUACUACCUGUGGACCACCUUCAUCGCCGUGGUGGUUGGCAUCGUGCUCGUCCUCAUCAUCAAACCCGGUGUGGGGACGGAGAUGGAGAGUAACCGGCUGGGAGGGGGGCCUGUCAUGACCUCGGCCGAUGCCCUGCUGGACCUCAUCAGAAACAUGGUUCCCUCUAAUCUGAUCGAGGCCACGUUUCAGCAGUACAAAACAGACCUGGUUCCCAUCCUCAAAAUCCCGACCAAAACUGUCCAGCACAACUUCGUCUAUGUCUUCCCCGACGAGAGUGAGCCCAAAGGUCGGACGGUGUACCUGGAGCUGACCCCUCCUCCGGAGAUCACGUACAAGACGAGUCCCGGCAACAGCCAACAGAUGAACGUCUUGGGCAUCGUCAUCUUCUCCGCCACCAUGGGUCUGUUGCUGGGCAGGAUGGGAGAGCGAGGAGCUCCGCUGGUCAACGUCUGUCAGUGCAUCAACGAAUGCGUCAUGAAGAUCAUCAACGCUGCCGUCUGGUACUUUCCGUUCGGGAUCAUCUUCCUGGUGGCGGGGAAGAUCCUGGACAUGCAGGACCCGAGCACGCUCGGGAAGAAGCUGGGCUGGUACGGCAUCACCGUGCUCGCCGGCCUCUUCGUCCAUGGACUCAUCCUCCUCCCGUUCUUCUACUUUGUCCUCACCAAGAAGAACCCCUUCUCCUUCAUCCGCGGGCUGCUGCAGGCCAUGGUGAUUGCCCUGGCUACCUCUUCCAGCUCAGCCACGCUGCCCAUCACCAUGAAGUGUUUGUUGGAAAACUGCAAUGUUGACCGGCAGAUCGCACGCUUCGUCCUACCCGUGGGCGCCACCAUCAACAUGGACGGCACAGCACUGUACGAGGCCGUGGCGGCCAUCUUCAUCGCUCAGGUUAAUGACUAUGAGCUGGACUUCGGCCAGUUGGUCACCAUCAGCAUCACUGCUACAGCUGCCAGCAUCGGUGCAGCGGGUAUCCCUCAGGCCGGUCUAGUUACCAUGGUGAUCGUACUGACAUCAGUGGGCCUGCCGCCAGAUGACAUCACACUCAUCGUGGCCAUCGACUGGAUUCUCGACAGGUUUCGGACCAUGAUCAACGUUCUGGGCGACGCUCUGGCAGCGGGAAUCAUCGCCCACCUCUGUCGGAAAGAUUUCCCCCUCAGUGGAGCAGGAAAGCCUGUACCUUCUUACGGGACGCAGACUCCUCACGCUCACAAUAACUCUCACAGCGUAAACGUGCCAAUGACGGAGAUCCACACCCACAAAGACUGUAUGUUCGAGGCGAUGGGUGACUCAGCGGGCGAGAGGCACGCACACACCGUCUACUACAACAUCUGUCAGGUGUGACAGAGCAGCUCACCUCAAAACACCAUCGAGUCUGAUAAAAUCUUACCGUGCCAUCUGAACAAAAGACAGACUUUGUUGUAACAGAGCAUGACUCUUCUUUUGAGUUGGAUUUAGGUGACAGGAACUGUGGUUUGUUUGGCCAAAAGUGGAUUGGAACUUCAUUUGGAGCUUUGUUCUCCUGCUCACUGAUGACAGAGAACAAUAGCUACAAGGACAAAAGGACCAUGAUUCCAUUUCAAUGGAAACUUGCCAUCAGUGCUAACUUGCAAGCUAGCCUGAAUUUAAAACCUGGGAAGGUUGCUAAAUAUCAAGCAGAGAAAUCCAGCAGCAUCUCUGGUUACCGUUGAAGAACAGGAUGAACUGGAGCCUGAUCUGCACCAGAGGAUUAUGGGUACACGAUGCCCUCCUGGGAGCACCCGCAGGUUCAUCAUCUGGUCUGACAGCGACACCACAUAUCGCAUUUACCAUGGCCAUUUCAAGGACUGGGUAUCAAACCUUAAUACCUCUUGGGUACUGACCGAAAUGUGUCUGUUGUACAGACUAUCACUCAGGUACCGAAAGCUGGUUUAGCCCCUUUUUUUGUAAAAAAAAACAUUUUUUGCUUUCUUUGGUGCAAAAAGCUACAAAAAGAACAAAAGGAAGAUGGAGAUACAAUCAGCCAAAAUGAGUUUCCAUCACAGGGUCACUCAGCUCAGCUCAUACCGGUUUCACACCAAAUUCUCAAAAGCACUCCACGGAAUGAUCAGAUUUGAAUUUUGUUCAACUUUGGCCCAAAGACCUGGUAGAAAAUCAGUGCAAUGCUAUUGCAGAGACCACAACCGCUCUAUCCAUUGAAAGUAAUAGUUGUGCUCUGCCUGUCCAGUGUGAAAACCCUGUUAGGAACCAGUUGAGGAGCUCGGAGAAGAACCGCUGCCCCCUCGUGUCCAAAGGAGCCAGUUGAGUUGGUUCGGGUAUCUGAUCAGGAUGCCUCUUGGGCACGUCCAACUGGUUGGAGAUUCCCGGGGAGACCCAGAAAAACACUGCAUGGAUUAUAUAUCUCAUCAGACCUGGGCACGUCUUUGGAUCCUCUAAGAAAAGCUGUAAGACAUCCGGAAUACUGUGACCCAGACCCUUGUAAGGAAUAUUUUACAAGUGAUCGCAGUUGGCUGUACAUUUGACUGUACCCUGAACAAAUGGUCCUAAUCCUGUUUUUUUCUAGGUGGAGUGUUGGAUCGGUACCUGGAUAAUUUGGCAGAGUUUUUUAUCUGCUUGUCAUCUUCACUUGGACUUUAAAGCCAGAGCAAAUCCACCUCUAUGUUGAUAUAGAGAUAGCUAAAGAAACCACGUUGGAUCAUAUAUGAUGCAAUUUAAAAUACACACCGGUUGACCUAAAAACAAAGCUAAUAAGCUUGGAUCCUUCUUCUAGAACGUUCUUUGUAUUUUAUAUGGGAUCUUCCAAAGGGGCGAACUUCUUCAGGCUGCUGUUUUUCCUUGUCUUAUGUUCAGCACACUCUUUUGCUCUCUCAGGUGUUACCAUUUCAACAAACCUUUAACUGAACCGUGUACUGUAUUUGAUUGGCUGGUGCUCACUGCUGCCUGUGCUCAGACUGGUUGAAGGGUUAAAGGGUAAUCCGUCCAUUCCGUCGGCUGAAUGAAUCCAAGUGCUCUUCAUCUUGCAGACUCAACCUUCUUCGUCUUCUGUCUCGUUUAUAUUUGACAGCAUGCUGGCAUGCGUUCUACCUGGCUUCACUUGAAGUCGACGUGCAUUAUUUUCUCCUCUUGUUGUUGUUUUGACUUGAAUGUUGCAAAGUAAACAAAGUGCUGUAGGGAUUAUGGGAAUCUUUCCAAAGUCAGUAGCAGCGAACAGAUGCUAGUUUGGGUGCAGUUACCACUCAACUACUUAAUUGUGUAUAUUACCUCAAGAUGUUUACAAAUUGUUUACUGACAUCUGAGAUUGGUAAUCAUUACUGAUAAUUUCAAGUUGAUUUUUUUAGUGCUUAAAAACUGAAACCAGUGGGUUCCUACUACGUUAACAGUACAUGAUUAGUAGUUAAGUGACUAAAACAUGAAACAUGGAAGAUACAGUCCUUUAAGCUCACUUAUGAUACAUUAAAUAUUGUUUUUUUUGGUGAAGUGCUCCUUGAACUUCUCUCUGUUUUUAAGUAGUUGUGUUGUUUCAGUAGAACUAAACGUGAAAACGUAGACCUGCCUUAAUUUGACUGUUGACCUUCUGUCGUUUUAAUCCGUAAACCUCAAUGUUCAUCUGCCAACACAUGCCGACAAACUGCAGCAUUUUCCAACUAUUACCAAAGCACAAUUUUCAACAAACUGCAUCAUGUACAUACUUCAUUUGUUGUUGUUUUUA